AUGAGGGCCACCGCCGACGACACCCACCUUGGCGGGAAGGAUUUUGACAACCGCAUUGUCGCUCACUUUGUCGCUGAGUUUAAGCAAACCACUGUGGACAUUGAGUGCCUGCACGAGGGCAUUGAUUUCCACUCUAGUACUAGCCGUGCUAAGUUCGAGGAUCUUAACAUGGACCUGUUUGAAAAGUGCAUUGAGCCCGUUGAGAGUUGCCUGAGAGAUGCUGGGGUAGAAAAGACUGCCAUCCAUGAUGUCGUCUUGGUUGGCGGCUCAACCAGGAUUCCCAAGGCGGCCGUCCUAAGUGGUAUAGGGAAUGACAAGUUGCGGGACAUCGUCCUCCUUGACGUGACCCCUCUCUCCCUUGGAGUAAACACUGCCGGGGAGGUCAUGUCUGUCGUGGUCCCGCGGAACACGACUAUCCCCACCCAGAAGGACCAUAGAUUCACCACACAUGAAGAUAACCAAACAGCUGCGGAUAUCAUGGUCUACGAGGGCGAGCGGGCAAGGUCAACAAACAACAACUUGCUCGGGAAGUUCAUACUGAAUGGAAUCCCACCUGCCCCACGGGUCGAGCCCAACCUUGAUGUGUGCUUUAGAAUCGACGUAAAUGGGAUACUGAGCGUGUCGGCCAAGGAGAGGUCAACGGGCAAUAUGAACGGGAUCACUAUAACCAACGAAGAAGGGAGGCUGUCGAAAGAGGAGAUUGAUAGGAUUGUGUUGGAUGCUGCGAGGUACAGGAUGGAAGACGAAGAGUUUAAGAAGAGGGCCAAAGCCAGGAGCAACCUCGAAGAUUUUGCUUAUGACAUGAGGAACACUGCCAGGGCUGCAGCCGGGCGGUCGGCCGAAAGGAGAAUGGUUGAGGAAGUGGCGGUGUCAGUUAUUGAGUGGGUGGGGAGAAUGGGAUGCAGGCCGGUGUGGAUGAACUCAACCGUAAGAUGA